AUGGCUCCACACGCGGAUGCAGCUGCCAAUGGCUCUGUUAACGGGUCGGUCCCCAAGCCUGGGGCUGAUCUCUUCAAGGUCGAGUCUCCCAACGUUGUCUACACCGAUGAUGAGAUCAACACCAAGUAUGUCUACCGUACGACUGCCGUGACCAAGUCCGAGGACGGCAAGUUCAUUGCUACCCCCAAGGAAACCGUCUAUGACUUCAAGGUCGACCGCAAGGUCGGCAAGACCGGUGUCAUGAUGAUCGGCUUGGGCGGAAACAACGGAUCUACCGUCACGGCUGGUAUCAUUGCCAACCGUCGUGGAUUGACUUGGGACACUCGUGAGGGAAAGCGUUCUGCCAACUACUACGGCUCCCUCAUCAUGGCCUCUACCGUCAAGCUCGGUACUGACGCCAAGACCGGAGAAGAGAUCAAUAUCCCCUUCAACAACAUGCUCCCCAUGGUCCACCCCAAUGACCUCGUUAUUGGCGGCUGGGACAUCAGUGGCAUGAACCUUGCCGAUGCCAUGGACCGUGCAAAGGUGCUUGAGCCCACUCUCAAGGACCUGGUCCGUGAGGAGAUGGCAGCCAUGAAGCCACUUCCUAGUGUCUACUACCCUGACUUCAUUGCUGCCAACCAGGAGGAGCGUGCUGAUAACGUUCUUCCUGGCUCCAAGGCUUGCUGGGAGCAUGUCGAGCAGAUUCAAAAGGAUAUUCGUGACUUCAAGGCUGCCAAUGGCCUCGACAAGGUUCUCAUUAUGUGGACUGCCAACACCGAGCGUUAUGCAGAGAUCAUUGAAGGUGUCAACGAUACUUCUGACAACCUGAUCAAGGCUAUCAAGGAAGGGCACGCAGAAGUCUCUCCAUCUACCGUCUUCGCCGUGGCCUCCAUCCUUGAGAACGCUCCAUUCAUCAACGGCUCUCCCCAGAACACCUUCGUUCCCGGAGCUCUUGAGCUUGCCCAGAAGAAUGGUGCCUUUAUUGGUGGAGACGACUUCAAGUCCGGUCAGACCAAGAUGAAGUCUGCUCUCGUUGACUUCUUGAUCAGCGCCGGUAUCAAGCUCACCUCCAUUGCCAGCUACAACCAUCUCGGCAACAACGAUGGCAUGAACCUGAGCUCCCAGAAGCAGUUCCGAUCCAAGGAGAUCUCCAAGUCCAACGUUGUCGAUGACAUGGUUGCCGCCAACUCUGUUCUGUACAAGAAGGAUGAGCACCCAGACCACACCGUUGUUAUCAAGUACAUGCCCGCUGUUGGCGACAAUAAGCGUGCCCUCGACGAGUACUACGCCGAGAUCUUCAUGGGUGGCCACCAGACCAUCAGCAUCUUCAACGUCUGCGAAGACUCCCUCCUUGCGUCUCCUCUCAUCAUCGAUCUCGUCGUUAUUGCUGAGAUGAUGACCCGUGUCAGCUGGAAGGCUGCCGAGGGCGAGGAGUACAAGGGCUUCCACAGCGUCCUCAGCAUCCUCAGCUACAUGUUGAAGGCUCCAUUGACCCCCCCAGGAACCCCUGUUGUCAAUGCUCUGGCUAAGCAGCGCUCUGCUGUCACCAACAUCUUCCGUGCCUGCGUUGGUCUCCAGCCAGAGUCUGACAUGACUCUCGAGCACAAGCUUUUCUAA